AUGCCAAAUAGAUCUAAUAGUAGUAUCCCCCAAUCUAUUGGAACGUUGCAGUCUCCACCCCCUGUCUAUAAUGCUCUCCAACAAAAAGACUAUAUUAAAAUAUUUUUAACUUUUUCAUUGGCGGAUUUUCCUCAAAAUAUCCAUCUAAGCCUAUUUAUUGACCCAAUAGUUUAUUUUGAUGAUGGUCAAAACUCUGUUAUAUACCCACCAAUUAAAGAAACAAUCCACAUAAUAAAAAAAGAUACAAAGAUAUCAAAGUUUCCAAGGAACCCCGAUCCCUCAAAAAGCACAUCAUAUUGGAAGCAAAAUGGUGAGCCUGUUAUCGCAUAUUUUAGAGUAAAAAAACCAAAUCAAAGCAACUAUCAAUACUAUUGCAUAAAAAAAAAAUAUUUAACAUUUACUGAACCUAAGCAACAUCAAUCAAGAGAUAGACAUGCCAAUGGUGGGGUUUCCAAUAACUCAAUGGUAAGCAAUAUACAAUCUGAUUGUAAAAAUUCCCCAUCAAAUAAAUGUAAUAACGCAAACCUCUCAUCUGAAAACCAUCCUUAUAAAAGCGAUAAUAACUACCCAACGGCGAAACUGGCUAUAAAAAAGGAAAGCAAUCAAGAUUUAUAUACUGGAACACAUAAAUAUUGUCACGAAAUGGAGUUUGAAGUUGAAGAGUCUCCCAAAGAAGAUGAUACAACUAUUGAAAUGUUCAAAAAACCAGUAGAAAAAAUAAACUUUGAUUGUGUCAUUAAACAAAUAUCAGAUUUUACCGAAAAUAUCAUAAGUAUACAAGAUUUAGAAGAGCAAUUGAAAUCCUAUCAAAUAGAGUACAUUAAACCUGUUCAUACCAAACAUAAUCCUGUUAAAACUAGGUCAUUUGUUGUAAGACAUUAUAUCAAAGAAUCUGAAAAAAGAAAAAAAACUGAUUCAAAAUCAAAAUUUAAUCAAAACCAAAAUACUAAUCAUAGUCAUAAGUAUAAUAGUAAUAUUAAUAAUAACUAUAAUAGUAAUAGUAACAAUAAUAUUAAUAAUAAUAAUUAUUAUAACAAUAAUAAUAAUAAUAAUAGCAAUAACUAUAAUACAAAUUACAGCAAUAAUAAUUUUACCAAUAAUAGCUCUAUUAAUUAUAAUACUAUUAAUAAUAAUGUAACAUUUAAUAAUAAUCAAAAUGUCUUUGAUCCCUUCUUUGGGCAGCCAAGCAUCAAACAAGAAGACUCAAACCGAAACUAUAUGCAUAACUUUCAUAAUAACAACUUUCAAGCAAAUUUGUUCGAAUAUACAAGCAAUAAUAAAAAUGUUAAUAUAUAUAGCUAUAGUGGCAAUAAAUUGUUAUUACAAUAA